CUGUGAAGGAAGUUCUGAUUAGUGCUGAGCUAUCUCGUAGUAGUUGAAAAGGAAGAAACUGAACAUUUUAACUCUUAAACUUUUAUGAAAGAAAACUUUAAUUUAUGUUCUUAAACUUUCUAAAUAUGCCCCCCUUUUUAAAAAUGAACCCACGUAAUUUUUUUUGUUUGUGCUUUGUUCUUAGGCCCUAGAAACUCUGACAGGUGCCCUGUUUCAGCGACCCCCACUUAUUGCUGCAGUAAAGAGGCAGCUUCAAGUAAGGACUAUCUACGAGAGCAAAAUGAUAGAAUAUGAUCCUGAAAGGAGAUUAGUUUGUUUUAGGUAGAGUCUUUCCAUUAUGUACCUCUGAUGUUAUGGAAGUUGCUAUGUUUGCAAUCCAAGCUGUCCUUGAACUCAGAUCCAUUUGUCUCUGCCUCCUGAGAUUAAAGUCAGGCACCACUGUGACUAAGGACCACAUGGUGACAAUGCAUGAUGUACUUGAUGCUCAGUGGCUGUAUGAUAAGCAUAAGGAUGAGAGUUACUUGCGGCAUGUUGUUUACCCUUUGGAAAAGCUGUUGACAUCUCCUAAACGUCUGGUUAUGAAAGAUAGUGCAGUUAAUGCAAUCUGCUAUGGGGCCAAGAUCAUGCUUCCUGGUGUUCUUCGAUAUGAGGAUGGCAUUGAGGUCAACCAGGAGAUUGUAGUCAUUACCACUAAGGGGGAAGCUAUCUGCCUGGCGAUUGCAGUGAUGACUACAGCAGUGAUUUCUACCUGUGACCAUGGUAUAGUAGCCAAAAUAAAGAGGGUGAUCAUGGAAAGAGAUACUUAUCCUCGAAAGUGGGGCUUAGGUCCAAAGAGGAAGCGGGAUAGUGAGAGUGAAAGUGAUGAGAGCCCUCCAACAGUUCACAAGUUGAAGCAGGAAAAGAAGAAGAAUAAAAAGGAUAAAAAGCCCAAAACAGUGCUAGAAAGUGGGGGCGAGGCUGGAGAUGGGGACAAUGACACCUCCAAAAAGAAAAAGAAGAAGAAAUUAAAAGGUGUGGAAGAGAAUCUGAAUAGUACAAGCCACUUCUUGAAGCAUUAUGUCCAACUGGGAGGAGAAAUAAACAUCUUAUUGAAAAACCUUUUUGUGAAGGGAGUAGAACAGAGGUCCCAAACAGAGUCGAAAGUUCUGAUACAUUCUUAGCUACCACUUGUGACCUCAGUGGUUUACUGGUGUGGCCAUCUCAUCCCAUCCUGUCCUGUUUAAGGAUAUGAGAAAUCAGGCCUUUGCCACCAACACCUUUGCUUGUUUGAGGAAGCCACACCUUUAGACAUGGCACUGCCUAGUAACUACCUGUAGCUACUUACUAAUGACCAUUUUCAACAAUGCCAUAGGUAGUCCUAUCCUACUUUGCUUUUUUUAAAAGUUUGUAAAAAUUAAAUCUGCUAAAUAAAAUGGUAUAGAUCCUUC